GGUAAUCUAAUUUCUUCUCUGUAAAGCACUUUGGCUUCAGCGUGAUUUGAUUUAAAAGUGCUAUAUAAAUAAAAAUUACUUACUUAUUUACUUACCUACAUUUGGAUUGGAUCUUCUCCAGAACUUAUAUUAUUGGGAGGUUAUAUUACAGUUGUACAAAGCAUUGGUGGGCCACAUUUAGAGUACUGUGUUCAGUUUUGGUCACAGUAUAGGAAAGAUAUUGUUAAGCUAGAAAAGGGUGCAGAUUUAGGAGGAUGUUGCCAGGACUCGAGGGCCAGAGCUAUUGGGAGAGGUUGAGCAGGUUGGGACUUUGUUCUUUGGAGCACAGGAGGAUAAAGGGCAAUCUUAUAGAGGCGAUUAAGACCAUCAGUUGAAUACAUAGUGUAAUUGUGCAUUCCCCUACCCAGAGAAGGGGAAUCAAGAAAUUGUGACAUAUGUUUAAGGUGGGGGUUUAAUAGGAACCUGUAGGGCAACCUUUUUACACAAAGGUGGUAGGGCUAUGGAAUGAGCUUCUAGAGGAGGUAGUUGAAGUUUAAGAAACAUUUCGACAGGUACAUGGAUAGGAUAGGUUUAGAAGAAUAUGGGCCAAAUGCAGGCAGGUGGGACGUGUCGAUGGGAUAGGUUGGUUGGAGUGGGCAAGUUGGGCCGAAGGGCCUGUUUCCACGGUGUUUGGCUCGGUGACUAUGAUUCUAAUUCUACGCUGAGAAUCAGAGAAAGAAAGAAUCGCAUUUAACUUUUCACGUGUGUUAAUUUAACUGCAUGUGGAGUGCCAUCUUAAUCCAUUUACGCGUUGAUUCAUUAAUCCAAGUGCUCCUGACUCCGCCCCUGGCAGAACUUCAAAUGUCUUUACUCAACUUCAUAUGUCCUAGUUUCACUCGGCGACAUUUACAACGAACGGGCGAAAGUAUUGGUGUUAACUUGCUGCCAAAAUUACUUGAAUGCAUUUAACCACUUUGAACUAAACAUAUUAAUGACCAAACGAAAAUAGCACAGGCUGGAAUUCAACUCGGACGCAUUAACAGUUGCACUAAAAAUAGCGGAGGACUUAAAGCCCUUCACCUGCAGCGGGCUGUGAGGAGUUGCGAACUGCAGGAGAUCGGCGGGACUUGGGACAGACACGGCCACAGCCUUGUAUCAUUUGUGUGUGGAGUCGUUGGAAAGUGGUCAUUUCUUCCUCUCGAUUAACAGAAAGCAGCAUCGUUUGAGUUGACCCUGGUUCAGACUUCACCUGCUUAAUAUCGUCAGUUACAACAUGAGACAGGCUCGGAUAGGUGGAAUUCCAAAUGAUCAAGACCAGGAAAAGACAUCUGGUCAGGAUCUACCUGGUGAUCAGAAAGGAAUGACUAAAACUAAGGGAAGUUUCAAGGAAAUCUUGGGGAAGGUGACAAGAAACCAGCAUCAAGGCGAAUUUGCCAGCCCUUACAUCACGAUUGACUGGCUACUUCUGAAACCCCUCCGAAGUGAAAAACAGUUCAAUUUCUGCGGACAUUCUAUACUCAUCACUCAACAUCACGGCAGCAAUUUGGGGUUCUCUGCUUCUAUCUGGGAAGCCGCUCUGGUUCUUUGCCAGUACUUUGAAAGGGAGAAGAUCGAUUUUUUGGGGAAAAAGGUGAUCGAACUGGGAUCUGGCACUGGACUCGUGGGGAUUCUUGCUGUCCUCCUGGGUGGGGAUGUUACAUUGACAGACCGAGAGAACGUGUUGAGUCAAAUACAAUACAAUGUCUCCAUUAAUAUCCCUUCUGACUCUAAACAUCGGUCAAAAGUCUGUCCGCUAUCCUGGGGCAAGGAUCACGUACAUUUCCCCACGGAUUACGACUUUAUCCUGGGCUCGGAUAUUGUAUAUACCUCCCUCACCUACCCCUUGCUACUGAAGACUUUGCACCACUUAUCCAAGGGGUCGACUAUCAUCUACCUCUCGUCCAAGUUACGGAAAGGAAAUCACUCCGUCAGUUUCCACGAGGAGCUAUUGCCCCAGCAUUACAACUGCCAACGGGUUCACUUAGUCGAGAGCAAAGCAAUCAACGUGUACAAGAUUAGCUCCAUUAAACCAGCGGCCGGUGACGACGUGACCGCGUAGAUACGUGGAACUUUCAGAGAGGACGUUUGAGGCAUUGCCAUUUGAAUUUUAAAAAGUUAGGUUGUAGGAGAUGGGUUUUGUUUUUGCUAUCUAUGUUGAUACAGAUCAAGGCAGCAACUUUGUUCUUGUGGAAAGUUCUUGUUAUUCAUUUGAAGUUAUAUUUGAAAGCAAAAUAAUAUUGUGUCGCCUUUGUAAUUUAAAAAAAAAAUUGUCUGCACUCCACAGAAGCCGGUGUUCAAUCUACAGCUAAAAGCAACAAACUGCAAAUCUGGAAACUACUCUCUGGAAACAAAAAGCUUGUGUGAAGCCGGAAUGCUGUUAAAAUGCUACUGAAACAGUGUGUGAGCAGUUUAAGCUGAUGCUUCGACACGGUCAGCUAUGAACCUGACUGAUAACAGCUUUAUAAAGGGCCUGUCCCACCAGCAUGUGACUCCAUGCGGCAAGCGCGACCUAACAUGGUCGCUUGAACCGUACGGCCUCACGGGGCCGGUCCCACUUCGAUCGCCGGAGCCGUAUAGAAUUGUGCGGAGCUGGUCCCGCCAUCGUGCGGGGCUCCGAAAAACUGACACUGUCCAAAAAUUCUGCGCGGCAACGGCCUGCCGGCCCGCAGCCGCAUUGAAGCCGUACGCAGCGCCUUGACGGGCCUGCGCAGCGUCUCGACACCGUACGUCUCGCGCGAACUUCCCACGGACUUCGCUCGAACUUCAGGUUAACUCGUACGGGAUCACUCGACCUCCGCAGGGCCCCCACUUCCAGUUUGGUCACGCUCGCCGCAUGCAGUCGCAUGCUUGUGGGACAGGCCCUUUACCAUCGAACAUGUAGCCAACGCACACAUCAGCCCUGUUGACACAGAUCAUGGCAUCAAGCGAGGAAGAACAAUUGAAGCAGACAGAAUUAGCAUUGUUCACAACUUGGGAAUGGGUUUCUGUUAUUUUCCCUUGUGCCCUAUAAGCCCUUGUGUUAUUUUCCAUAGCUGACCCUAAUGAGUGAUACGGUGUUUGUAGAAUGUUUCACCCCCGCACUGACACAAGUCAGGUUAGAUGUCCGUCAGCUCCUCACAAACACAGAGAGUCACUGAGCAGGCAAUCUCCCUGUCAUAUAGUGAGUGUGGAAACAAGCCCUUCGGCCCAACAUGCUCACGAACGCCAACAUGUCCCAGCUACACUAGUCCCACAUGCCCACACUCCCAGCACCUGCAGAGUGCUUCGUUUUCUCCCACCCCAUCUUGGGUCAAUGUCCGACCAGAGCACCGAGGCAAACCCGAAACCGGCUCCCGAGAAACACGCACAGAGUCCGGAUGUGAGCUUCAAGUCUUCCACUGACUGUGAGGCUAAUCUCGACCCCAAUUUUUUUUUUCACCAAGCGAGUCGAGAGCCAGCUGAGAAACUAGAAUGUGCAGAGUUAAUUACUUGAUCAUCUUGGGAAAUCCAAUAAGAUUUACGUUAAACCCACAAAUUGUGCUCUGUAAAUUCCGUUUGCCAACACUUGUUAUAACUCUGUCAGCGAAUGUUUUUACAUUCACUCUGUUGCAAGGCCAUGCAAUCCCGAGGUUUUUAACGCAACAUUAGGUCUCCAGACUAAUGUGGAAGGAGAGGUGUAGUGUCUGAGCUUACAAUGUUGUGGUCCAGCCAAAUAAGACCCUUUGAGUACAGCACUUUGAAGAAGGGGCCGUGCAUCCAUCCCUCAACCGAUUAUCUGCUGAGUAUCUAGCUGCAAUUUGUGGGGAACUGGCGGACAUGUUUCCAACAGCACAACACUGACAACAUUUCAAAAAUGCUUCAUUGGUGUAAUUUGGGAAAUGGCUGUGAAAUGGAUUCCUUCCUCUCACUGCAGCGCCGGGCUAGUUCAGGCAUCGUGUUGUCGUUUUAUUGGAAACGUUUGGGUUACACAAUACCAAAUUCAGUUAAUACUGUGUGAAAGUUUAUCCUUGUCUGAUGGUUAUAUCAAAAGAUGUAUCACGUUAGAGUGCUUCCCUUAUCAUGUAUUCCUUUAUCACGUUAUUCCCUUAUCAUGUAUCUGUACACUGUAAAUUGAUUGAUUGUAAUCAUGUAUUGUCUUUCUGCUGACUGGUUCCCACGCCACAAAAAGCUUUUUACUGUACCUCGGUACACGUGACAAUAAACUCAACUGAACUGCUUGGAAGGACUGAAAUAAAAUUACUAUUCAUUGCUCAUUCUCUUGUCAGUUUGUUAAUCAAAAUCAAGAUCAAGAGUGUUUAUAAAUUCAUAUGCAUCGGGAUAUGAACCGGAACAAUUAAAUUAGUUUUGUUUAUUUCAUUUAGAGAUACAGCGCGGAAACAGACCCUUCGGCCCACUGUGACCGUGCCAACCAGCCAUCGCACUGUACACUAGCACUGUCAUUACACCCUG